GCUGUUCCUUCCUCGCCUCUCUUGAACCGUCUCCCUCUUGUUGAGGCUCUGGUUUGUUUUGGUCGAGUGGAGCGAGCCCCACACCAACCGGAGAAAUCGCGCGAGAGCUGCAGGUCUAGCUCAGCCUAGUUACGUCAGCUCAGUGAGCCCAGCAGUGUUUGUUCCAGAUAAAACUAGCCAUGAGUGCUAUCAUGAGUUUCAAAAAGUGCGGUUCCGUGCUGGUAACGGGAGCCAACCGAGGGCUCGGGCUGCAGAUAGUCGACAGCCUGGCAAGUGGAGGUUUCUCACCCGGCAAGAUUAUAGCCACGGCCAGACAGCCGUCAAGUGCGCAGAAACUUCAGGAGCUGGCAGAGAAACAUCCCAACAUCCACAUAAUCACUCUGGAUGUAGUGAACCAGGAGAGUAUAGAGAAGUCUGUAGAAGCGGUGGAGCGGCUGGUACAAGAAGAGGGUUUAAACUGCCUGAUCAACAACGCAGGGAUCAAUGUGGUGGCCGACUUUCAUACUGUUACCGCAGAGAAGAUGAUAGAAAACUUCCACACGAAUGCUGUGGCUCCUCUAAUGAUCACCAAGGCCUACCUGCCUCUGCUGAAACGAGCUGCAUCCAGAGGAGGAGCAGGUGGUGCAGGUAAAAUGGGCAUCCAGAGGGCAGCAGUCAUCAACAUUAGCUCUCUGCUGGGCUCUGUGGAGCUGGCCUGGGGGGAAGGGGUUAAAAACAUCCGAUGGCACCCCUACAGGACGUCCAAGAGUGCCUUAAACAUGGUGAGUCGCUGUAUGGCUGUAGACCUGGAGCCUGAUGGGAUUCUCUGUAUGGCCAUACACCCUGGAUGGGUCCGCACUGACAUGGGGGGCUCUCAGGCUCCACUGAGUCCAGAGGAGAGCAUUACUUCCACCUUGUCUGUGAUUGGUGGACUGACUGAGAAGGAUCAUGGCUCAUUUCUGAGCUUUACAGGAGAGGUGUUGCCCUGGUGACCCUGAUCAUCAUGAGUAAUGAGCUGCAGGGUUGUAAGAACCACUAACUGAGCCCAGUGGCUGUUGAUUCAACUGCUGAUCAAUGUCAGCUAUGCAAAUACAAAUGUAUCAAUGAGAGUACAGCGUUGAAUCAUUAUCAAGCUCGCCCUUUUUAUAAGAAGCAUGCAUGUUUUAAAUUAAUAAAGGUUAAUUUUAUGAAA